GUCCAUGGAUUGUUCGUCGAAAUCUGAUCCUUUUUUGCUCAUGGAUUUCUUGCUCGGAUUAUCUGAUCCUUCAAGAUCUCAGUUCUGUACUUGUGUUCAUAUAAGCUCAUUUCUGCCAGUAGAACAACUCACUGGCACUGCACUCUUGUUGGCUCACGGCCAAGAACUAGUUGACAUGCGAGGCUUCCUCUUUUUAAUUAGUCAACACCUCCUUCCUCCUCUGGCCCCUCCGAAUCCCAGUCCCCACGGCCACGAAUCUGACGCCGCCAAAAUCUUUCCGCCAUGAAGCAGGAGCGGCGAAGGAGGCAGCAACCAAGGCCGCCGCCGCCGCACGUCGAGCUGGCGGCGAUGGCGCACGCGCGGGACGGCGGGGGCAACGAGGAGGCCGUCUGCCUGGACGGCGACGCCGAGACCGGGGCCCGCGCCGCCGGGCGCGUCCCGCCGUGGCGGGAGCAGCUCACGGCGCGCGGGAUGGUGGCGAGCCUCGCCGUCGGCGCCAUGUACAGCGUGAUCGUCAUGAAGCUGGGCCUCACCACGGGGCUCGUCCCCACGCUCAAUGUCUCCGCCGCGCUCAUCGCCUUCGUCGUCCUCCGCGGCUGGACGCAGGCGCUCGCCCGCCUCGGCGUUGCCACGCGCCCGUUCACGCGCCAGGAGAACACCGUCGUCCAGACCUGCGCCGUCGCCUGCUACAGCAUCGCCGUCGGAGGUGGCUUUGGUUCCUUCUUGCUUGGUCUGAACAAGAAGACCUACGAGAUGGCCGGGAAGGAGACGGAAGGCAACGUGCCGGGGAGCUACAAGGAGCCCGGCAUUGGCUGGAUGACCGGCUUCCUCUUCGCUGUCAGCUUCAUCGGGAUUGUUGCGCUGAUCCCUCUCAGGAAGAUCAUGAUAAUUGACUACAAAUUAACUUACCCAAGUGGUACUGCAACGGCUGUGCUUAUAAAUGGAUUCCACACAACUCAUGGAGAUGCAACAGCGAAGCAGCAAGUGAAUGGGUUCACAAAAUACUUUGCAAUCAGCUUCUUCUGGAGCUUCUUCCAGUGGUUUUACUCAGGUGGAGGCAAUUGUGGAUUUUCACAGUUUCCCACUUUUGGACUAAGAGCUUGGAAACAAACAUUUUUCUUCGAUUUCAGCCUUACAUAUGUUGGGGCAGGGAUGAUUUGCUCCCACCUUGUUAAUCUGUCUCUCCUUCUUGGUGCGAUUCUGUCAUGGGGAAUAAUGUGGCCACUGAUCAGUGAUUUGAAAGGGGAUUGGUAUCCUGCAGAUGUGCCAGAAAGCAGCAUGAGAAGCCUGCAAGGUUACAAGGCCUUCAUCUGCAUAGCACUUAUCUUAGGAGACGGUCUAUACAAUUUUGUUAAGAUUGUAUCAUUCACUGUUACGAGUCUGAUUGACAGAUCAAGACUGAAGACUGCAAAGAAAGAGGAAGACAUUCCAGUGCUUGAUGAAAUUCAUCGCAAUGAGGUUUUUACAAGAGACAGUAUCCCCACUUGGCUAGCCUACUCUGGAUAUCUUGCAUUAUCAAUCGUUGCUGUGUUUGCCAUUCCCUUGAUGUUCCCUGAGAUGAAAUGGUACUAUGUUAUCAUAGCAUACUUAUUAGCUCCUGCAUUGGGUUUCUGCAAUGCCUAUGGUGCUGGCCUUACUGAUAUCAACAUGGCCUACAAUUAUGGAAAGGUUGCCCUCUUCAUUCUUGCAGCUUGGGCUGGGAAGGACUCUGGUGUUGUUGCCGGUCUAGUGGGCUGUGGUUUGGUGAAAUCAUUAGUGUCAAUAUCCGCUGAUCUGAUGCAUGACUUUAAGACUGGACAUCUUACAUUAACAUCACCUAGAUCAAUGAUUAUUGCUCAGGCUAUUGGCACUGCCAUGGGCUGUGUCAUUGGACCGCUGACAUUCUUUCUGUUCUACAAGGCCUUUGAUAUCGGCAACCCUUAUGGGUACUGGAAGGCACCAUAUGCUCUAGUCUACCGCAAUAUGGCAAUUCUUGGUGUUCAGGGCUUCUCAGCUUUGCCCCAACAUUGUUUGCAGCUGUGCUAUGGAUUCUUUGGAUUUGCAGUGGCAUCCAAUCUGAUGAGGGAUCUCUUGCCACCAAAGUAUGGCAAAUGGGUUCCUCUACCCAUGGCAAUGGGGGUUCCCUUCCUAGUUGGUGCGAGCUUUGCCAUCGACAUGUGUGUUGGGAGCUUGAUAGUAUUCACCUGGCACAUGAUCGAUAGAAGUAAAGCAUCAUUAAUGGUGCCAGCAGUUGCAUCUGGUUUGAUAUGUGGUGAUGGGCUUUGGAUUUUACCUGAAUCCUUGCUUGCCUUGGCCAAGAUCAGUCCACCAUUGUGCAUGGCAUUCAGGCCUACACACUAGAGGAGUACAAACAUGCUCGGCACCUGACAGCAGUUCCAUGUCCAAUCUGAAGAGAUAUUGACAUGCUAAAUUUCGUCAGUAAAAUAGUCGGGUUGUGAUACAUAGGAGAAGCAGUACAUAUCUGGAUGUUACCUACAUAUAAUGAUGUAAAGUGGUGCUGCAGUGUAAAAAAAUCAUAUGCAAGGUGAUUCCUAUAUCAGAUCAAUGGUAUGCUUGAGAAUCCCAUCUCUCGCCAGUGGUGAGUAAUGGAUGGGGGAGCUACUCCCCGAUUACCAGAAUCCACAGGUUGCAGUAUACCAAGCAUCUUCCAAGGCCAGUUGAUCCUAUUGUCAAUUGUCAGUUUCCAGCUGCUUUUGGUAAAAAGAAAUGUAGUCACAUAUAUGGCAAUGAAGAUUCAUUGAGUUUUCAGAUGAUGUAUGCCAAUGACUGGUUAGCAAACCAUGUACAUAAAACUGAAUACUUUUGCCAUAGCCUGGAUCAACAAAGUGCAAUGUAGUAAGAAGCAUCUUCAUCGGGCAUCCGAUACAAUUGUAAAUUACCAGUUGCCAUCUUUUUUCAGAAACAAAAUGCUAUCAAUUGAUAUGAUAAUAUAGAUUCAGUGGUA